AUGGAGACCGAUACGGAUGAGGAAGAACCCGAAAACAAGGUUGAAAGUUUGGUUCAUGAGGUUUUUUCCUGGACUCUUGGCGAUGUGCUUAACAGAAAUCUCUACAAAGGAAAGGUUGCAGAUAUUCCAGUGACAUUUUCCUCUGUUUCUGACUACACUAAGUCAUUCAUCUAUCCACUUUUUGAGGAGACACACACAGACCUUCUUUCAAACGUUUUAGGAGUCAAUCGUGCUCCCACUAAGCAGCAUGCCUUUAUUAAGAUGAAAGAAGCUCUUAAAACUUUCCAACUUGAUAGUUCACAAGAAGCUGCUGUUUGGAACUGCAUUGCUGCAAGAGAUUGUCGUCACCAGAAUACAAUCAAAUUAAUAUGGGGUCCUCCAGGGACCGGAAAGACAAAAACAAUCAGUUCUUUAUUACAUAUGUUGCUGAAGAUGAAAUGCAGAACGCUUACUUGUGCUCCAACGAAUAUUGCUGUUUUAGGAGUUGCCAAACGAGUAAUAAGAUUGGUGCGAGACUCUUUGGAAUAUGAUACUUAUGGUUUAGGAGAUAUAAUAUUAUUUGGGAAUAGACAGAGAAUGAAGAUAGAUGAUUGCAAAGAUCUUUCGGAUAUCUUCUUAAGUUUACGCGUCAAGAUUCUUUCUGAUUGUGUAGCUCCUUUGUCAGGCUGGAAAGGUUGCUGUGAGUGGAUGAUUCGUUUUCUUGAGGAUCCACAAAAGCAGUAUGUGUCAUAUGUAAUGCAAAAUUCAAGAGAUGAAGAUGGAUAUGGUAAUCUUUCUGAAAAGGAGAAAGAUGAUCGCAGCAUCAAAAGUAACAAUGGAGAAAGUGAUGGGAAUGACAAAGAUGAUAGCAGCACUGAAAUCAGUGGAGAUGAGGAUUUCCGUAUUGAAGAGGAGUCAGGUGACUCGCAAAUAAAGAAAGCACUGAAAGUUAAGAACUGGAAUACCAUCAUUGUAAAAACCUUAAAAGAGGAGAAGCAUUGUAGAAGUAACAAGAAUGAAAAUGAGAACGAGAAUCAGAAUGAGCAGUCGCUGAAAGAGAUUUCGAACAAAAAGAAGGUCUUGACUUUUGAGGAGUUUGUUAUGAAAGGGUUCGACUUUCUUGGAAAUCAUCUUAUAUCUUGUAUUAAAAGCUUGUACACCCAUAUGCCGACAUCAUUCAUUUCGGUGGAGUCAGCUAAAGAAAUGAUCAAGGUUGUAAGUUCUCUUAAACGUCUUGAAGAACUACUUAAAGUUGCAGUUGCUGAAAAUUUUGAUUUAGAAGAAGCCUUGAACGGAUUCACUGAUUCUAGGAGGACUAGAGAUAGUGAUAACUUAGAUGCAUGCAGAAUGUCAAGUAUUGAAAUACUCGAGUCCCUUCAAAAGACGUUGUGUUUUCCAGAUUUUAAGGAAGAUUAUGAUAUUAGACGAUUUUGUUUGGAAAAUGCUUCUCUGGUGUUUUGCACUGCGUCAAACUCCAUCAACUUGCAUACACAAGAAUCGAAUCCUUUAGAAUUUCUGGUGAUUGAUGAGGCUGCUCAGCUAAAGGAAUGCGAAUCUGUUAUACCUUUGCGGCUUAAACGUCCUCGCCAUGUAAUACUUGUUGGAGAUGAAAGACAACUCCCUGCCAUGGUUCAGAGCAAGAUUUGUGAGGAGGCUGGGUUUGGUAGGAGCUUAUUCGAAAGGCUUGUAUCACUGGAGCAUAAGAAGCACCUACUUGAAGUGCAAUACAGGAUGCAUCCGUCCAUAAGCCAGUUCCAAAAUAAGGAGUUCUAUGAUAAACGAAUCUUAGAUGGUGCGAAUGUUAGGAGUCGUAGUUAUGGGAAGCGUUUUCUUCAAGGAAAUAUGUAUGGCUCGUAUUCAUUUAUUAACGUAACUUCUGGCAAAGAAGAGUUUGAUAAGGGUCAUAGCAUGCAAAAUCUCAUGGAAGUGGCCGUUAUUGGUGAAAUCAUCACGAAUCUCUAUAAAGAAUCUGUUGCAAGAAAACAUAAGGUUACUGUUGGAUGCAUAUCCCCAUACAAGGCUCAAGUAAAUGCAAUUCAGCAAAAGCUUGGUAACAAGUACAUAGAUUCAGAUUACUUCACUGUGAAUGUGCGGUCGGUUGAUGGAUUUCAAGGGAGUGAGGAGGACGUAAUCAUAAUAUCUACUGUGAGAUGCAAUGCAAAAGGGUCAAUUGGUUUUCUUGCAAAUCGUCAAAGAGCAAAUGUAGCGCUGACUCGAGCAAGAUACUGCUUGUGGAUACUGGGAAAUGGAUCAACUUUGAUGAAUAGUGGCUCUAUUUGGAGGCAAUUAGUUGUUGAUGCGAAGGAUCGUGGAUGUUUCUACAAUGUUAAUGAUGACAAAAACCUCGCUCAAGCUGUCAUGUUUGCUUCGGUUGAAGCUGGCCAAUUUGAUAGCUUAUUCAACACAAAGUCCUCACUAUUCAACGAAGCCAAAUGGCAGGUGAAAUUUAGUGAUAAGUUCUUGGAAACCAUUGCAAGACUUGACGACCGUGAGAUUAGUAAGAAAGUGGUUUCUCUUUUGAUCAAGCUUUCUAGUGGCUGGCACGAACUAGAAAAAAAUGGCGAUACUAAAGUAAAGAUAGAUGGAGCUUGUACAAUUGUCGAAAAGUACAAGGUCACACAUGACUUGCAUUUGAUUUGGGCAGUAGACAUCGUAGCACAAAAUUCUGUUUGCAUCCAGGUACUUAAGUUCUGGGAUGUUUUCUCUGGUACCAAGAUCGAUGAGCAAGUUAAGAUGUUAAUGGAAAAAGUAUACGCGAAUUAUACGAUGCAUAUGAUAAACCGCUGCAAGGAAAAACGUGUUCAAGGGAACCUGACGCUUCCAGUUUCAUGGCCCAUGAACUCGGAUACGGAUCAAAGUUGGUCGUUGGCAAAUCAAUUGGCUGGGUUGAGCUUAGAAAAAGAGCUCUCCUCGUCAUCAUCAAAAGCUUCAAGUGCCUCGGGGUUUGGCAAUCGAAAAUCCAAUAAGUUUGGCAAUCAAAAGCUUCAAGAUCUCAUGGAAGGGGGCCUAGGUGGUAAAAGCUAUGCACUAGUUUUUCCCAGGAAAUGA